GCUCAUAGCGAAGGAAGCUAUCCUGCCCGACCCCGCCGACGUGAGUGCCCUGGCCGAUCUCAGCGGCUACGCGAAACUUGUGGCGGCCUCCAUCAUGUUCAGCACUCCCAGCCUAGCGACCUCUGUCGUGGAACCCGACGAAGUCAACACCGUGCACAGCGCCCAGCACUACUUUGACGCCCUCGUUCAAUUCCUCAGGACGUCUAAGUCGAUCCUACAGAAGUGGAUCACGACAGACCGCGACGACUUCCUCGAGAGGACCGCCGACAAGAUGGGCACAGCGAUCGACGACCACGCCCCCCGUUUAGAGGCCCUGUAUGCGAAGCGACUGCUGGCCUUCGGAGGACGAAAGUCCGAGAAGCCGCCGACGCCCAUCAUCCGCACCAACGACGACGGGAAGCCCCUCGCGACGAAGAGCGAGAUCGCCGACCACGCCCUGCCUACGGCAAAGUCGAGCAGCGAGGCCGCCGAGGCGGCCCCGACCAGCUCACCGAUCGCCGCCAAGGGCGGGUACUCCAAUUACUUCCACAAGGGACAGGGGGCCACGGAGCUCCAGAAAUCCUACCGCGGCAUCCGGCUCAACAACGCCAUCGGCAAGAUGCACAGCAGCUUCCUCCGCUCCCGCGUGAAGGGCCUGCUGCCCGAGCUCCUAGAAGCAACCCAGUGCGGCGCCAGACCCAAGAUGGCCACGGAUUUCAUCACUCACACCAGCCUCGCCUUCAUCAGCGACUGCCAAAGGAGAUCAAGAUCAUGCAGCAUCACUUUCCUGGACCCCAGGGAGGCCUUCCACUCCGUCAUCAGGGAAUUUUGCAUGCAAUUGCCGACCUCCGCCGACGAGCUUAACGAGCUCAUCGAACGAAUCGACAUUCCCGACUUCAUCAGACCAGCGCUAAAGGAACGACUUCAGCAGCCCGCCUACAACAACCAGCACAUCGACGACGAGCACCUCUGCCACAUGAUCGCAGAUCACCACGCCACCAACUGGAUGACAGCCACGAGUGCAAGGCACUACCAGCUGCCUCGGACCAGCACCCGACUUGGGGUGCCAUACUCGGACGUAGCCUUCAACAUACACUUCGCCAUCAUGCUGAGGGCAAUCGACCAGGCAGUCCGAGAGGAAGAGGCCCACGGCCAGCAGAUAGGAAGCGCGCUCAGGAACAUGUCCUUCGUCGACGACCUCACGGACUACAGCUCGACCGCAAACGCCAGCUUCCUGAUCAACGCGACCACUCUGGCAGCUGCCAGGCUCUGCGCGGCGGCGUUCCAGCGCGGCCUGAAGCCACGCCCAGACAAGACCAAGGCCAUCCUCAUGCGCAACGGCGCGGGGGCCAAGAAGGAGAAACAGCAGAUCGCCAAGGGGGCCAUCGCAUGCCUCGAAUUGGACGGACUUUAUAUCAAG